AUGGCACAGACGGGCAAGGACAACCCACAUGGCCCUUCGAUCGAUGCGAUGCUACGCGGUCUCACCGAACGGCCUAACGUGCAGUCUACAUUGAUAUUGUCGAGAAAAGAUGGAUCUAUCAUAAGAGCUACAGGACUAGACUACCCAGAAAAGCAAACGCCUUCGGGUGCAGAUUCUUCCUACAGAUGGAGGUCGUCUCAGCAAGAGCCAAGGUCUGAGGCUAGUGCAGAUGGAACGAACAAGCCAAGUGCUGUGGAGGACACUGGCAGCAGACCACGCCCAGCAGAAGCUCUUGCAGCGUCUGUCUUUCAAUUUGUCACCAGUGCCAGUUUCUUAGGCCAGACACUUGGGAGCACAUCUCGGCAUGUUUCUGGAGUAGAAGCAUCACUCUCAGCAGCAGGAUAUAGCGCAGCAGCUCAGUCACCCAAAAGCGAGGUGGUCGAUGAAGAGUCAGAUAUCCGGGACAGUGAGGACGAAGUUCAAUUACUCCGGCUGCGCAUCAAACACAAAGAGAUUAUCAUUUUUCCUGAUGCCAAUUAUAUUUGUUGCGUGGUCCAGAGAGCAGGUAAAGCAGGUAACACCUCGGAAAGUAGAAGGUGA